GCCAGACACUUGGUGCAAGACGGACCUCACCCCCAAACCUUAAGGGAAAAGGCCGCCUCUACCUAGAGCCUGAGGCAUGUUCUCAGGGAAAGAAGACCUUCGAAACAGAGCAGAGGAAAGUCGUCAGUGGGACAACGAACCUCCGGUUUUCGUUCGUUCCCUGCCGCCUCGUCAGAGGCUCGCAUGGCCCCGCCUUUCUUCCCAUCCAGGAAAAAGACAACAGAAUCCCAGUUUUCGAGGCCCUUUUCACAUUGGCUGUUGGCCGGCGUCCACCAAAAAGACAAACGGGACCGAACCGUUGCUUGCCUGCCUGCAAUAUGGUGCCUUUGAGGUUUUUUCAGCGGCUGAGUCGCAGCCGAGACAUCCCACCGACGAGGCCUGCGGCUGGCGCUGCGUCAGCCCGCAGUUUCGCGCGAAAGCACCGCGUCUCUGGCGCACGAAGCCUUUAUUUCCUUUCAUUUACGGCGGAAGAAACCAAGUUCCUUUUUCCAGAGAGGAACCUGGAGACUUUACUUCAGUACACGCAGCGGGCCGUCGCGCUCCCUGCACAGCGCCCAGAUUGCCCGUGUGCAGGCGAAACGGAGUCGAACUAGAGAGGUCCAGCCGCCGCGCGUACACUCGAAAGAAGAAAACCAUUUUCCACUUGUUUUUUCUUCUCUCCCGUCCUCUUCCCUGCCUUGCCAGCUUCGAGAGUUCCUUUCACUGCAGAAAACUCAAAUUGUGACUUGCCCGCGCGCGUAGUGAGUCGAGGCUCAGCGCUGGGAGGCGAAGGCCCGGCACAGCAGCCGCGGACGUCAAAGAAUCUGGGCAUGGAACGCGCGAAAUAAGGUGAAAGGAAGCGAUUCCGUCAAUGCUUUGUCGUUCCUUCUCCAUCGUCGCCUCUGCUCUCUUGGGUUUCGAGCUUCUCGCGUCGCCUUCUUGAUUGCGAGCGCGCGCAAAGCUGCCCUUUUUCUGUCCGUGUUCUGAGUGAGCUGAACGCGACUUUCGCAUCCCGUCAAGACCUCGUUUUCUCUCUCGAUUCUUCCGAGCUUCCCGCCUGAAGAAAGCACCCAGACAACUUCUUUGGAGAGCGUCCUUUCUAACGAUCGGAGAGGAGACAAGGCGAAUCCGAGAAAUGCGGGAGGAGCACGCGCGCCGCGUUGCUCGUUAGGCGGAGUUAGCCUGAUUCUAUGCAGGAAAGAACCGGGGAGAGGCAAUGUUCUUCGAAAAGAAGAGACCGUUGACAAGCGAGUAAGCGUGUGUAAAAAAUGCCCAUCUCUGUCUGGGUCCAUUUCCCUCCGAGACUCCAGAGAAAAUCGAAGAAGUCUCCGCACAUGCACCGCCAUGGCGGCACAAGCAGCCGAGAAGCGCGAAGGCAAGCAUGUGCCUGACUGCAAGCCCCUGCUGCUUCUUCGUUUCCUCGUUUUUUCUCCGGAUGGUCUCUCACAUUGAUUUCUCGAAACUGCGGCUUGUCUCUUUUGUCUCUCUUCCUUCUUGCCUUUUUCCGUCGGCGACUUCCCCGCGUUUACGAACCUCGAAGCCUGUCUCCUUUGUCACAUUCAACCAUCGCCUUUUCCUCCGUUUCUUCGUCCGCCGAGACUCGCUUCUUUUGAGUCUUCAUUUUCACAGGUGCCUCUUGGACCACAGACUCUUCGGUGAGCCUUUGCUUCGUUGCAGCUCGUCUCCAUUCCACCUCUGUUCCUCUUGCUCUUUGUCUCCUCCGAGUCUUCACCUCCUCUCCUCUCUUUCUCCGCAAGUUGACCUUCUUGGGCUCCCCUUGAUCGCGUCCUCCAUCCGUACCGACCCUCACGUCUUCAUCGUUUCUUCCUUUUCGCAAAUUCCAUCUCUCUCUCCUCGAGCCAGUCUCGUGGAACUGUCCACAUUGCGCCUUCGCCUCUUCUUCGUCCUACCUGCCGUUUUCUUCUCCUUCCUCCUGCUUGCUGUCUUGUUCUUGUUCUUCUUCUUCUUCUUUUUCUUCUUCUUCUUGCUGCCUGCUUCUUCUCGUGGUCCGUUGUUUCUUUCUCUCCAUUCCUCCUCUCUGGCGUUCGUUUCUUUCUGUCGCCGGCCUUCACCAUGAGGCGUCUCUUUGUCUCCUCGGUUCCGGGAGAGAAGCCAGGCGCCUCUGAGCGGGUGUUCGCGCCUCUCUUCUCGCCAUCGUCGGCGCCAUUUGGCGCCCUGGGGCAAGCGACCGAAGGCGCAGGAAGAGACAGCAGAGGAGACACCACACACUCUCCAGAGGGCCGCAAAGAAGAAGUGAAGAGCAUUUGCUUCAACCAAGAUGCGUCCUGCAUCGCCGUCGCUACGACGCGCGGCUUCUGCAUCUACACCACAGAUCCCGUACAGAAAACGUUUUCUCGAGAUUUGAGGAGAGAUUUCCGAGCGAGCGCUCAAGCUUCAGAUCCAACUUCUUCGCGUUGCGAGGGGGGCCUGCUGAUUGUGGAGAUGCUCUACACUUGCAACAUCCUCGCUCUCGUUGGCGAAGGCCCCGGCGCCGCACAGUGGCUGCGCCGCGAGCAAGGCAACGAGACAGAGACGCGGUGGUGCAGAGACGUUUGCGUCUUGUGGGACGACAGACAAGAGAAGGCGGUUGUGCAGCUCCAGUUCCACUCUCCGAUAAGAGGCGUCCAAAUGCUCAAGGAAGUGUUGAUCGUCAUUCUGACAGAGAAAGUCUGCGUUUACCGCCUUCGCGACCUCCUGCUGCUGGACACCGUCGCCACAGCUCCUAAUCCCAGCGCAGUCUGCGCAUGCGCUUCUCUCCAGUCUGCGGCCGUCCCCGUCUCUUCUGCCUCGGCCUCCAGUUCCCCUUCUCUUUCUUCUUCUACCUCUUCUUCGAGAGCUGCACCAGCCUCCGCGGGCUCCGCGGGGCGAGGCGACACCCAGAGCGACCGCGCGCCUUCUUCGCAGGUCCUCGUCGCCUGCCCAGCUCUUCAAACUGGGCGCGUGCAGCUCCUCAUAUACGGCGAAGACACGCGCCGGUCAUUUUCUCGCCAGGACUCCGCAGGCUCGUCGCAGGCCUCCUGUGACUCUGAGCGAUCCUCCAGAAGCUCGUUUUCUCAAAGCGACAACGGCAUCGGCACCGGGGCUGCUGCGCUCAUUUCGUCGCUCUCCAUCUGUGCACACUCAAACGGCCUGGCGUUUCUCUGUUUGAGUCCUGACGGGCAGCUCCUCGGCACCGCCUCUUCUCGCGGCACCCUCCUGCGGGUGUUCGAUCCUCGCACUGGGGAUUUCCUCUUGGAGUUCAGGAGAGGGAGCAAUCCUGCGCGAAUCACCUCGAUGGCCUUCAGUCCGUGCUGCGGCUUCUUGGCUGCAUGCAGCAGCACCGGCACUACGCAUCUCUACAAGCUCGCGGCGUCGUGGACAGGUGGAGAGCAGAAACGCUCGCGAGAACGCUACAGAGCCUUAGGAGGAACUCGCUCUGCGGAGGAGAAAGCGGAUGUCGGAGCUGCUCAGAAACCGGACCGACGCGCCGAGGAAGCGAAUGCCGAGCCGGAGAAAGACGCACUGAAGGCGAGCCUGCAGUUCUUCGAGAAACUGUCGCCGUACUUCCACACUGAGUGGAGCUUCGCCCAGUGGAGACUCCCAUCGAAGGACUGCGCCGCCAUCUGCGCCUUCAGCCAGAAUCUCCCCAAUACGCUCUUUGUCGUCAGCGCAGAAGGGAGCUUUUUCCAGCUUCGCUUCGACCCCCUCAGCGGCGGCGCAAUGACGAAACUGCAUGCAGAGCGUCUGGAAGCGUUUUAGGAAGCGAGAAGAGGGAGAGAGAGGAGAGAAGAAGCUGGAGCAGGCCAGAGCCGGGGAAGAAGAGAGGAGACAUUUGGGGGGAAGGAGCAGGGGGAAGGAAGACGACGUUCCUUGACGACUAGGCGAGUUGUUGGGGUGAAGGUCGGUGACACGAGCCGCGUCGAAGACGCGCAGUCGGAAAACUGGAGGCCUCCCAUGAAUUUCUUGACAGAAAAGAAUCCUCACGAAACGCAGUUGAGAAGCGAGUCUCUCAAGGAGAAGAAACCAAGAAAUCCACGAACAGGUGCUCUCUCCC